AUGACACCCACCUGCACCAACAACACUCGAGAGAACAACAGCAGCCAACCGUGUAUGCCCCUCUCCAAGAUGCCUAUUAGUCUAGCUCACGGCAUCAUCCGAGCCACUGUGCUGCUCGUCUUCUUUGGUGUAUCCUUUGUGGGCAAUAUAGUGCUGGCUUAUGUAUUGCAGCGUAAGCCACAGUUGCUGCAGGUGACCAACAGGCUCAUCUUUAACCUCCUCGUCACUGACCUGCUGCAGAUUGUUCUCGUGGCCCCCUGGGUGAUGGCCACCUCCAUUCCUGCCUUCUGGCCUCUCAAUAUCCACUUCUGUACGGCCCUGGUUAGCCUCACCCACCUAUUUGCCUUUGCUGGUGUCAAUACCAUUGUGGUGGUGUCAAUAGAUCGCUACCUGUCCAUCAUCCACCCUCUUUCCUACCCAUCCAAGAUGACCCACCGACGUGGUUAUAUGCUCGUCUAUGGCACCUGGAUUUUGGCUGUCCUGCAGAGCACACCUCCUCUCUAUGGCUGGGGCCAGGCUACUUUUGAUGAACGUAAUGCUCUCUGUUCCAUGAUCUGGGGAGCCAGCCCAAGCUAUGCCAUUGUCACUGUGAUAUUCUUCAUCGUCGUUCCACUGGUGGUUAUGAUUGCCUGCUACACUGUGGUGUUUGGUGCAGCACGUCGGCAGCAUGCUCUCCUGUACAACGUCAAGAGCCGCAGCUUGGGGGUGAGAGUCAAGGACUCUGUGAAGACUGAGAAUGAACGGGGAAUAAUGAAGAGGGAUGAGUGCCAGGAUGAGAAUGAACUCCUGUGCCAAGGUGAAGGUCAGACCAAGACUAAGGAAAGCAGCAUCGAGGUGGAAGAGAGUCCCAUGGAAGCUGGAGACAUCAUCAUGAAGGCCAGAGAAAGAAGCCCUGAUUUAAGUGCAGGUAUUGCUGAGUCCAAGGGCAUUGAAGAGGUCAGUAACGGCAGCAUGGAGGAUCUGGAAGUCGGCAGUGAAGUUCAGGAGAGCAGCAUGAAGGCAGACACUGGCCGAAUGGAGGUCAAUCAGUGCAACAUUGACUUGGGUGAAGAUGACAUAGAGUUCGGCAUGGAUGACGUUCAUUUCAGUGAGGAUGAUGUCGAGGCCAUGAACAUCCGAGAGAGCUUUCCACCCAGUCGUCGUAACAGCAACAGCAACCCACCUUUGCCCCCAUGCUAUGAGUGCAAAGCUGCAAGAGUGAUCUUCCUCAUCAUUUUCUCCUAUGUGAUAUCUCUGGGGCCCUACUGCUCUCUAGCUGUGCUGGCUGUGUGGGUGGAUGUCCAAACCGAGGUCCCCCAGUGGGUGAUUACCAUAAUAAUCUGGCUUUUUUUCCUGCAGUGCUGCAUCCACCCUUAUGUCUAUGGUUACAUGCACAAGUCCAUCAAGAAGGAAAUCCAGGAGGUACUGAAGAAGUUUGUCUGUAAGAAAAAGCCCUCUACAGAAGACAGCCACCCUGACCUGCAUGAAUCUGAAGCUGGCACAGAGAGAGGCACUGAAGGCAAGGUCGUCCCCUCCCAUGAUUCUGCUACUUCACCUUAA